GGCGACUGUCCAUGGUGCUGCGUUUCUGUCAGCAGAUUGGCUUGGAUUGAAAAGAAAAAAGAAGCAAGGUAAAAAAAAAAAAACACAACACAGGCAGACACGCCUUUACACAAUAAUGUGAACAAAUGGCGAGUUUGCAGCCGUUUGGAGUCUUUUCUUCUUUGCGCCACCACAACUCACGCAGCUGUGGUGGCGGAGGGAUACCGAGCCUGUGUCCGCGUAACACUGCGCUACAACUGCAAAGGGGGGGUAAGAAAGAAAAUACAGGACAGAAUUGUGGUCUCUUUAAAGCCUAAGGCGAGCUCUGACACCGAGCGUACGCUUAACCGAAGGUGGGGGCGACGUUCCCGUGCCAUUUCCUGAUUGUGCGUCAACGAGGGAGGGGGCGCACUAUCUGCCGACGCGCAGGCAUACUGUUCCGAGCGCUCCAGGACCAGGGCCAUCUUUGGUCGUCCUCAAAGUGUGGACAACAUCUCUCAUUCCGACGCUUCGCAAUCUCAUGAUCCAAGACAAAACAACAACAAAAAACACUGCAAAAGUGCCAACCGAGCGUCCGAAGCAGCUGCACAGAGAGCGGGACACUCACUGGCAUUUCCCCCCCCCCCCCCCCCACUCUGGCCCCUGCGGGACCUUUCGCUGCGUUUCUCACGGAAAAAGAGGGCGAGACAACAUGGAUGAAGAAUAUGAUGUGAUCGUUUUGGGCACCGGACUCACAGAAUGCAUCCUGUCUGGGAUCAUGUCUGUGAACGGUAAGAAGGUUCUGCACAUGGACAGGAACCCGUACUACGGUGGUGAGAGCUCCUCCAUCACCCCCCUGGAGGAGCUUUACAAGCGCUUCAGUCUUCCCAACAGUCCGCCAGAAUCCAUGGGCCGAGGACGCGACUGGAACGUUGACCUCAUCCCCAAGUUCCUCAUGGCCAACGGCCAGCUGGUGAAGAUGCUGCUCUACACAGAAGUGACUCGCUACCUGGACUUCAAAGUGGUGGAGGGAAGCUUUGUCUACAAGGGCGGAAAGAUCUACAAGGUGCCGUCCACCGAGACUGAGGCGCUAGCUUCCAAUUUGAUGGGAAUGUUCGAGAAGCGCCGCUUCCGCAAGUUCUUAGUCUUCGUGGCUAACUUUGACGAGAACGACCCCAAGAGCUUUGAGGGCGUGGACCCCAAGACCACAACAAUGAGGGACGUUUACAAGAAGUUUGACUUGGGUCAGGACGUCAUUGACUUUACUGGCCACGCCCUGGCCCUCUACAGGACAGAUGAGUACCUGGAUUUUCCCUGCCUGGAUACCAUCAACCGUAUCAAACUGUACAGCGAGUCGCUGGCGCGUUACGGGAGGAGCCCGUACCUCUACCCCUUGUAUGGCCUCGGAGAGCUGCCGCAGGGAUUUGCCAGGUUGAGUGCCAUCUACGGAGGCACCUACAUGCUCAACAAGCCGGUGGAUGAGAUUGUGAUUGAAGGCGGCCACGUGAUCGGCGUCAGGUCUGAAGGCGAGGUGGCUCGCUGCAAGCAGCUGAUCUGCGACCCCAGCUACAUCCCCGAGCGCGUGCGCAAGGCCGGCCAGGUGAUCCGCGUCAUCUGCAUCCUCAGCCAUCCCAUCAAAAACACCAACGACGCCAACUCCUGCCAGAUCAUCAUCCCGCAGAAUCAGCUCAACCGGAACUCAGACAUCUACGUGUGCAUGAUCUCUUACGCCCACAACGUGGCGGCCCAGGGGAAGUACAUCGCUAUCGUCAGCACCACGGUGGAAACCGGCGAGCCAGAGUCCGAAAUCCAACCCGCCUUCGAGCUGCUGGAGCCCAUUGACCAAAAAUUUGUGGCUAUCAGUGAUCUGUACGAGCCCACAGAUGAGGGUACAGAGAGCCAGAUCUUCGCCUCCAGGUCCUAUGACGCCACCACUCACUUCGAGACCACCUGCAACGACAUCAAGGACAUCUACAAGCGCAUGACCGGCAGCGACUUUGACUUUGAGAACAUGAAGCGCAAACAGAACGACGUGUUCGGGGAGGAUGAGCAGUGAGCGGCCCGAGAGGGAGGCGGGCGGCCGUGGCGGCGGCGGCAUUUCUGAAGGGGCAAAAGGGGGUCGAUGGCUGCGGGCUGCAAACGUUAAAAUUAAGGUGGCGGGAAAGCAGAAGUGCUGUACCUGUCUUCAACCAUUUGCCUCCUUUUCCCUGUACCCCCCCAACACACACACGCCACGGUCACCGAAAGCAGGGCCGACACUGUCUUUCAUUCCAUUGUAGAAUCUAGGAUCACAUCUGAACCCUCGGCAAUUCUCAAGCACUUCAUUCUUUCUCGACCUUCUUUUCUCAUGUCAGAUAACAUCUUAGCAGAGAUUAACAGGGGUGUCAAACUCAUUUUAGUUCAGGGGCCACAUUCACCCCAAUUUGAUCUCAAGUGGGCCAGACCAGAAUAUUUGUAGCCUAGUAAACCACCAUUCGCACUCACAUUCAUACCUACCGUCAAUUUAGUGUCUUCAACUAAUCUAGCAUGCAUGAUUUUGGAACGUGGGAGGAAACCGGAGUGCCCGGAGAAAUCCCACGCAGGCACGGCGAGAACAUGCAAACUCCACACAGGGAGGCCGGAUUUGAGCCCACAACUGUGAGGCAGAUGUGCUAACCGGUCGGCUACCGUGCUGUGAAUAAUGACAAAUUCAAAUUUUUUUGGGUGCAAAUUAUUCCAAGUACAUUUGGAAAAUAUUCAUAUUUAUUGACCAUUAUCUUAUAAUAUUAGUGCAAUUUCAACAUUAGUAUGAAUCAGUGUUUUUAUAUACACGUGCAACUUACAGAUCUCAGUGGAUCUAUAUACUGUAUGUUCCUUUUAGAAAACAACUUUCUCUCAGCCUUUACAAGUGCAUCGAUAUCUGGCGUCAAAUCCUGAGUGGCAGCCAAUUUCAGAAUACACACAAGUGGUUAUUGAAGUGGUCGUCAGUGCGCCGACCAGUGGCCAAAAUUAGCCACGACAGAAACUUGGAUUGAAAAAUUGCAGUGAAUGUGUUCUAUCCCCACGGCCCGACUUGGACCCCCAGAUGGGCCGUACGUUGGACACCCCUGGUGCAUGCAUCAUAGACACACACGGUAGUAUUGCGCAUCGCCUCAUACGCUCGCAAGGCCGGACCGUCGCACCGGUCAGCCUUGCUUUCACCCGUCCUUCAAUCCACAACGUGCGUAUUCAGUCGACGGCUCCGCCGACUAAUGUGCUAACUUUGCCGUGCUGUUGUGUCUCCACGUGCGCUAGCGGGCCAGCUAACCGGUUGCUCUUUUCUGUCACUCCGCCGGCCAAACUUGCGGCAUUCCUUUUACCUUGCAGUAGUUCUAACCUUUAAAAGGAUUCCAGAGUUUUACGUCUUUGUGUUUGGUGCACGUUUUCACUGGCUGAAGUUAUGACGUUUACAGAGGGGAGGUUCAAAGUGCGCUUCAGCACAAAUUGUAUUGAAAAAGUAAACAAGGCUUUUUUAAAUUGUGGCAAUUGGAAGUGACAGAGAUAGGUUUGUGGAAAGUUUCACCGUUGAGUGAAUACAGACUGAAAUUUUGGCCGAUAGUGAAAAAGCCCGGUUGUGUCCUAGUUGUUCCAACCUUUGCGUAUGUCAUGGAGAUGAGUUCAUUGCCUGCAGGCUAAAUUGAAUGCAAGUGCCAGUUUGCCUCCACGAAGACAAAGCAGAAGAGAAAUGGCGCCCCACAACAAACAAAGCAACACGUUGGGAUUUGCUUGAAGCCUUAAUUUGGGCUUUGAUUCAAAUCUUUGGGCCGUUACUGUACCUCUUAGCGGCGCUCGCUCACCUACACAUCCACACUCGCCAAUUCUUUCCUUGGGCAUCCGCUCACUCGGCAACCCUGAGCACACUUAUUGGGGUGUACGUUGUACAUGUCUUAAUUAUAUUUGAUAUUUAUUAAAGAUGCUAUACAGUGCUAUCAUUUUGCUUGUUCUGCAGCGCGCACGCAUAUACAGAGCAAUGAUGUGUGUUCUAUUUGACUUUCUCCAGCCAUCCUUCCAGUGUUCGUCACGCUUGGAUUGAGGAAUGGCCCAAACCCGAACGCGAACGCUGCGUUCUUGCCAAUUUCACACGAUACACUAUUUCACUGAACAACAUUGUGUGUGUGGACAAAUGUUACCUGAAAAUAACUGGAAUACUCUUCCCUCGUGAAUAUAUUGCCCUGCCUUCCUCAGCAAACAGUGCUGUACAUCUCUUUUGAUUAUUUAUUGAAAACAAAAAGCCCCGUGUGUGGUUGUACUGUUUUAAUUCUCAUUGUUUGGCCUUUGAGACCCACUAUUGACAAUUUCCCGAUGAAUUGAUGAAAGAAAUAGGUUGAGUAGUGGAAAACUUACUGUCCUUGUUUGAUCACUAAUAUGUGAACAAUCCCUAAUGUCUUGUGUAACAAAUACAGUGAAUUAAAUUCUGAAUGAAAUGAUAGAAAAAUAAAAAAAAAGCACAUGGCGAAAUCUGGAAAAAA